AUGGUUGGGCCCUCUGCGGCAGGUAGUGAUAUGGGCGGCGGUGGCGGCGAUUCUCUUUACGGUCCUAGUCCGCCGCAUUCUCCGGGCUCUGAGUUUGAGGAUCUAUGGCCGCAAGAUUCAGCCGAGAUUCAAAUUGCAGAGCCCGCACAGCCUGGUUUCCAGGAUCCGGAGAUCCCGGAUGUUGAGUGGCAGGAACCUGAAGGCGAAAGUACAGACUCUCAAUCUUCAAUCCCGGACGUCGAAGUUAUGGAGAGCCGAGGUUCUGGUCACCUAGGAUCCGAUCCUCAAGGUGUCGUGUCGGAAGAUUCUGAGCCGAAGCCUGUUGACCCCGAUCUAGUUGCAUCACCAGAUGCCGGUUCUCAAGCUGUUGAUCCGCAAACCGAGUCUGUAAAUCCCGAGCCCGUAGUCAAGACCUCAAGUCCAAAGUUAUCCAAUCCUCCGACCCCAGACCCCACCGUUGCCGCGACUACAGCAUUUAUGGCAAUGGCCCCAGACAGCGAUGAUUCGAGUUCAUCAAGUAGCUCUCCAGUCGUUAGGGCGAAUAAUAUCAACACGAGACGGCAGAAACGACAGAUUAAGAAACGAGAGGAAGAAAGAAAACAGGCAGAAUCUCUGAGGAUACAAGAGGAGUCUAUUCAGAUACUCCGUCAGCAGCUCAAAUACGGUCGCUUGGCGAUCUGUGUAGGCUCUGGUGUCACGCUUUAUUCGGCGUCUACACAGACUUCGCGACUUUCAUGGUGGGGGCUUAUGGCCAAUGCUCUAGACUACUUUGAAGACCAGGCGUCGGGGCUAACUAAAAACUCAAUCAAGAAAGCCGACCUUAAUAGUGCUAGGAAAAUAUUGCUGAAGAAAGAUCUUACCGAAGCGGACCGUGAGGAUGUUACGAAUAGAAUCCAGAAACUGUUGGCUAGCCGCAUUGAUCUCGAGACAACGUGGAUGAGAGCUCAAUUCCAAAAUCUAUACAGGGACUACGUUGAUCAGCUCGAGAUUCUGGACGCGAUAAAGCUACUUCAACAACAAGGCGCUUUGCUAUUCACCACAAACUACGAUGACCUACUCGAAAAGCACUGUAACCUGGAACCCAUCGAUGCUUCAGAUCCCAAUGGCUUGAUAUCGUUCCGCCGAGGUUCUCGGCCAGCUGUCUUCCAUCCCCACGGGUACUGGAGGAACGCGAAACAUAUUGUGUUAUCCGCGGAACAAUACUGGCGCGUUAAGAAUGACCAGGUUGUUCAAGAGACACUGCAGCAUAUCUUAGCGACGAAGACUGUUUUGUUUGUGGGAUGUGGAGGUGGCCUGGCUGACCCGAAUUUUGGAUCGCUGAUUAACUGGAUUGGAGAGAAGAAUAUUGGAACCAGUUCGAGUCACUACAUCUUGCUUCAAAGGCAAGAACAAAAUCCAGUAACACAGUUACCCCUGAUCCAUUUGAGGUGCGAGGGAUUUGACGACAUCCCACGAUAUCUCAAGAAUAUGCUAGACCCGAGCGAACGCCGGGAGGGUAGCUUAUACGAAAUACCCUGGGAUCGUGAAAGAAGGAGGAUCCACGAUUGGUUGAAACCCGCCGAUCAAUCUGAGUUCCUUAACGACAUGAUGAAUCUUCACGGCCCUAACAGGUUCGACCGACAAGUAACGAAUAGCCAAGAUGUUUGGUCUAUGAACACACCUUCUCGGGUAAGAGUGAAGGGACCUGAAGGUUUCGGUAAAACAAUGUUCUGCGCCUCCGUGAUUCAUCACACAUUGAAGUCAUGCCGAUUGCCCGCUUUAAGACGUACACGGGACUCCCUCGCCUAUUUCUUCUGCGCAACAUACAGACCUUAUGUCGACCAGGCCGAAGUGCACCUCCACGAUUUCAAUCUAUUCCUUCGAACAAUUAUCUCGCAACUCUGCCCACCAGCAACUGUCUUCGAAUCCCUACGCGUUUUAUACACGGAUUGCACAAGAUACCAUCCUGGGAGACUACCCACGAACGAGGAGUUACAGAACGUCUUUAUCCAGGCGAUUCAGGACCUCGAUAGUCCCCCUUCUCCUAAAGAUGGUGACCCAGUGAUGCCAGGGGAGACAUAUCUCGUUAUCGAUGAAUUAGAGACGCUUUCGGCGAGCAUGCAGAGCGAGUACUCGAAAUUCAUCAAGACGAUUGCUAGCCUGCAGUUAGAGCAUUUCCACAUCCUUAUAACAGCUGAUAACCCCCUCGCAGUCGGACUAGCACCGCCCACGCAACCCGACAAAGCACCAAGGGGAAGGAAAGCUAAAAGGCGCUCGAGAGCGCUAGGUUUGUCGGGGACUGCGGCGGUUUCUAAAACGAGUUGGGUUGAGAUUGAUCUCAAUUGGCAUUCUACUGGCAAGGCGGCGAUGGAGUGGCUUAGAGACCGCUUUGCGAACGACCCUGCGCUGGCGAGUUACGCUAAUAUUCGCCAGGAUGUCAUGUUUCAGAUCCACGGGUCUGGGGAAAAUCUCCGCUGGAUAUACUGGACACUCAAUCGUCUGGGCCAAAUAGGGGCCAGGCAAGACUUGAACGACAAAGAUCUGAAACAGCUUGUUGAAUUAGCGCUGCAAGAGUACUCCCAGGGUGAGGAAGAGGAUAGAUUGGAAGAUGACGAUGACGAUGAUAAUGAUGAUGAUGAUGCUGAUGAUGAUGAGGGUCUUGUCGUGGUUGGUGCGAGGCGUCGUAAAAAGCAGAGGACUGCGGCUUGA